UUACUCGCUCGCAUGAACUUUGCUUCAACGCCCUGCCUUUCUCCACCUACGCUCUUUACUUUUCUCCAAACAGCUGCGCUUCCCUAGCUAUUAAAAUCGAAGGAAAUCUUCGUCAAACGACACGCUACACCUCCUAUCUGCGUUCAAGUGAAGACCCGGAAAGCAUCGCUGCUAGGAGCCUCGGACAUCACGGAAUCUCCCAAAUCUUCAGUCGGCUCGUGUUCUGUAAACGGCUUCAAGAAAUGCUUGGUGUAGUGUUGCAAGAUUAGUAUCUUUUACAAAUUUCAACUGCUGCACCUUGUCAUCCAAGCUACUAGGUGUGCAUGCUUCAUUGUGUGAACAGAGGAAAUGUGGGUGUAUGAUGGAUGUCUACAAAUCCUCAAGAUCCAGAAAUUGCGAAGAGUAGUGUCCUAUGCCGGAUUCUAUUGCUUCACUGCACUCCUUACUUAUAUGUACACCAAUAAUACUACUCGAGCUGGGUACUCAAGAGGCGACCAAUAUUAUGCUUCUUAUCCAGCUGGCACUGAGCUCCUCACUGACCAAGCCAAGUUAUACAAAGUUGCACUUGGCAAUUGUUUUGAAUUGGAAGAGUGGGGGCCGGUUGAAUGGUCUAUCAUGGCCAAACAUUUUGAGCGCCAAGGGAAGACGCCGUAUGCAUAUCAUGCGCAAUAUAUGGCACACCUUGUCUCCAAUGGGCUACUCGAUGGAAGCGGGUAGAGUUAAAGAGAGAAUUGUCUCAACAAUCCCUUUGAAAUUGUUUCUACAAGGCUUGAAACUGCUGAAUUGAUGGGAAAAGUGUAAAUCGCCUCACAAAUCUUGAGUUUUGUUUGGUGUAUUUUAUGUUUGGUAAGGAAUUCUUAUUCAGAAGGAACGAUGCGCAAAAACUUAUAGGGCACGUGUUGAUUUUUGAAGGGUUUCGGAGAGUUAGGCUUGUAUCUUGAUAUAUCUUGAUAUAUAUAUUUGAGAUUGUAUUUCUCAAAACUGAAGGAAUAACAUAGAAGUUGAUCAUGUAACAAUUCAGUCGCCAAAAUCCAUAAUCCAUCAAACUGACAGUUGAGAAAGAAACAUUUUGUGUUUUUGCCAAUAUUAUAAUGAACUUCAUACAAAUUUUA